CGGGAGGCUACACCUCCGCUCAGGUAAAGGUGUGGUACUCCGUGGAAGAUUUCUGCUGUUGACUAUUGUGUUGAGUGGUAGCUAAACUUCAGAUACAGACGUCACUGGUCCACAUCACCAUUGAAAUGGCAACUUUAUGGACCGGAGAGAGAGGGAGCAUCAAGCCCAAGGCAGAUUUCAACGCAAAGGAUGACGCUGUGGCUCUCAGAAAGGCCAUGAAGGGACUAGGUACAAACGAGAAGACCUUAAUAGAUGUUCUAACUCAGAGGAGUAGUGGUCAACGUCAGCUCAUCUGUAAAGCUUACCAAGAAGAAGCCCCUGGCAAGACUUUGGUGGAGGACUUAGAAGGGGACAACUAUGGUCACUUUGAGGACCUGCUGGUCGCGCUGGUCACGCCCCCCGCCAUCUAUGACUGCCAGCAAGUCACCAAGGCCAUGAAGGGAGUUGGGACUAAAGACAGUGUCUUGAUAGAAAUCUUCGCCACAAGAUCCAACAAACAAAUCAAAGAGAUUUCUGAUGCCUAUUUAAAACAAACUGAGAAGAAGUUGGCCUUGGACCUGAAGAAGGAGACUUCUGGAGAAUUUGCUCAAGCUAUUCUCAUUCUGGCCGAGGGCAAGCGGGAUGAAAACACACAGGUGGAUGCAGCCAAGGCCAAAGAGGAUGCUAAGACUCUUUACAACGCGGGGGAGAAGAAGUGGGGGACAGACGAGUCCAAGUUCAUCGACAUCCUGUGUCAGAGAAGCAUACCUCAACUCAGACAAACUCUGGUGGAAUACAAGACCAUCAGUGGGAAGAGUCUGCAGGAGAGCAUCGAGGGAGAGAUGUCUGGGGAUCUAGAGGAGCUACUGGUGGCCAUUGUGAAAUGUGUGAAGAAUGUCCCAGCAUACCUAGCUGAACGCCUGCAUCAAGGCAUGAAGGGCGGAGGAACGAAUGAGUGUACCCUGAACCGUAUCAUGGUCAGCCGGUCAGAGAUAGACAUGCUGGACAUCAGAGCAGAGUUCAAGAAGCUUUAUAGCUAUUCUCUGCACUCUGCCAUCGAGUCGGAUACAUCUGACUUCUAUGGGGACUGUCUCAAGAAGAUCUGUGGAGGGGACGAUUAACAAUGUAACACUAUGGAGGGGACGACUAAGACAGUAACACAACACUGCAGCCAGAAGAUGCCUGUGUAUCAUACUGGUGCUACUACUGCUGCUGCUACUACUACUACUAAUUCUACUACUAUUACCCACUAAUAUUACUAAUACUACUACUACCCACUAAGAUUACUACUACUACUACUACUACUACUACUAUUACUACUA